AUGACACCUCAGAUCGCCUUCAACACCGCUUACCAUAUAGCUGCACCACUUCUCCCCUCCUUUGCACGUCGUGAUCCCAUUGAUCUCCUCGCUAUCGUUGGCUCCAAGGUCAACGCUGUCAUCAAAAGACUGCAGGCUAUCUUCGACUGCAGGAAUCAGUUGCUCGACAUCCCCCACGAUCAUCGGCUCGCCCUUCAGCACAUUGGCGACAGGCUCGAGUGGAUACUCGACAACAUCAAGGAGAACGGCACCUCGUGGACUCGUAGUCAGCAACAGAACAUUGAUUGGUUCUGCUCUUGUUACGCCCCUCUGGCAGAGGAUGACUUUGAGUCGGAAGAUCCGGGGCCACACACCCACCCAGCUCCAUCACUGGCACACACCCGCCCGGCUUCACCCACUGCCACGCUUCAAGUGUACCCAGAAAUUCAAUGGAUCUACGCUGGUGUUGAAUAUGACUCCUUGGAAAACGCUAUCCGUGCCUUGGCAAAUAGUUUAGGGAUCACCAACCCGGCUUACGUCGACUGGACCAUCUCUGUGACAAGGGACAUCACCUGGCGGGAAAUAGUUAACGUUUACAACGUCCUCGGCAGCAAAAUAUAUGAACAUCGGAACGACUUCCUCAACGAGAGCGACACCACCCACGCUACCUUCAAGGAGUUGGACACGUCUAUGACAGGCCUUCACACCAAGGCUGACACUGCUGGGAACCUCGCUCUCAAAGUCGUCGAAGAGAACAAACAGCUGAGGGCGGAACUGGUCACUGUCAAUGCGGAUCUAGAGGUUCUCAACCGGAAUAACACGGAGCUCGUCAAACGGUACAAGGAACUCGCAGCCAAGUUUACACAGUUGGAGCAAGGCCUGUCGACUCGCACCACGCCUGGUAUCAGUACCGCCCCAGUCCCUGUCGUAUCACAGGCCUCGCGUAUCAAGGCAUCAGAACCACCCAAGUACAAGGGCAAAAAAGGCUCAGACAUCACUCUCGAACAAUGGUUACAGAAGAUGGGCCUUUGGUUCCGUGUCCAGAACAUCACCACAGAUGAUGACAAGAUUACCCUGGCCCUCAUGUACUUGGAAGGUGGUGCGCACGACUACGUCGAGGACUACGUUGAGACAGCAUCAAACGGCGGAACCCUUGGAUCCUGGACCAACUUCGUCAACUGA